GCUCCGGGGCCUGCAAAGGCUGGCUGGCUCAGUCGCUGUUGUGCCCACCGCCAGGGGACUCCGAGCUCAGAGGAGACAUGGACUAAAUUACCAGGUCUGACCCUGGCACCCGGCGGCUGUAUAAAGGCACCCUCACGCCGUGGCUCCCCAGUCCCGGCGGAUGUCCACCAUGAGGCCCCUCCUGGUGCUGCUGCUUCUGGCUGCUGUGUGCACCACCCUGGCCCGGGCCCUGCACUGCCACGUGUGCUGCGGCCACGAGAACUGCGAGUCUCUAGUGGAGUGUGCCCCGACGGACAAGUACUGUGUGAUCACCAGGGCGACCAACCCCGGCGGCAUUCUCGUCAUGAAGUCCUGCGCCCCAACCUGCCCCAACAGCACGGUGUCCUCAGACGGCCGCGCCCUCUCCGUCUCCUGCUGCCAGGGCAGCCAGUGCAACCGCAGCGCAGCCACAGGCCUGGAGGGCAGCCUGGGGGCCCUGGGGACCAGUGCCGCCGCCAGCCUGCUGUGGGCCCUGCUCCACGUGGCCUGGUGAGGGCCCCGGCCGGGUCUCUGCCCCUGGCAGCUCCCGCACCACACUCAGUCCAGAGGAGGGUCCCAGGCCCAGCUCUCAGGCCCCGCCCCACUCCUCCCAGAGCACAGCCAGCACCGUCCCCACCCUGCCCCCGAGAGACCUGCCCCCGGGUCUCCUGCCCUGAUGAGGAACCGCCCGCAGCCUCCAGGAGCCACUCUACCCUGGCUCCGGCCUCCCGGCCAUUCUGGGAGGUCCAGGGUCCCCCAGCACUCUGCACCCUCACUUCAGGGCUGGGACGAGGGGCUCAGGCUGGGGUGCACCCUGCCAAGGGUGCCUGCAGGGCCUUGUGCACAUGGACCCGGCUCUCCUGUGCCAGCAGCAGCAGUGGCAUGGAGAACGUGGCUGUGUCUGGGCAUUCCACCUUCCAGCUCUGCACGCCGUGGCCACCCCGCCUUCACUCACGUCCCCUCGCUCACAUUUCCCACCCCACCUGGCCACAGCACUGACCCAUCACAGACCCACCUCCCAGGGCUUCCUAGGGACUCCAAAUGCUCACCAUGCCCCGCCCCCGGCACCACCGGCCCCUUCCAGGUGAACACAGGCCCUUCAGACCCUCCCUUGGCUGCCCCUGUGGGGAUGGGCGGGCACCUUGGGACUUGGUAUCAGGCGUUGGAACGUGGGGGCAGGCGUCCACUCACUGGGUAUGGGGAGGCCCUCUUACUUCCCUGAGA